CGAUGGGAUCGCCACUCUCUGGGAACACCCCGGAUAUGCGAAAACAAACUACCCGUGUCACCGUAAGAUAACUUCCCUUUCCCCUCGGAAACCCCCCAGAUAAGAAGCUGACGCUGAGGUGGGGCGUUCUGCUGGAGCGGUUUGUUUGGUAGGAACGAACGGAUUGCCCGGGUGUUGCUUGCGGGGUAGACUCGAUGGAGGACUGGGGGUGGGCUGACUGGCCGGGCGAAUUUGUGGGUGUCAUGCAUCGUGGAGGGCUAUUUCCUACGCGAUCUGCGGCAUCGUGGCUUGCGGGUUUGUUGGUUUGAUGGAGAGCGAGCUUGUGCUGGCAGGGCACCGUUCUCGUCUGGAAGAGAGAAGAUUACGGUGGGUUGCCUACUUGUACCGUAGUUAAUAAAGAGAUCCACACGCGCGAUCUCCCACAUUCCUCGCGGCGAGGAAACCACAUCCUCUUAAAAAUCAACACACAUUCAACAUUCACACGGCGUAGAGGUUCAACACCUUUACGUUGCCAGUGUAUCGUCAACGUCGGAAUCAUGGCGAAUAUGUCUAUACCCGUGCUACCAUCCGAGUUGCUGUAUAUUAUUUUUGGCAAUGUUGAUCCUCCCCUUUUGGUUGUCGCUGGGGCUGGUUUGGGCGUACGGGUUUGUUGUUGCUGACAGGCAGGCCAUUAUCGGCGGUGGAUCACAGCUCCGGGACCAUGCGGAUUUCUACUCGCUAUGCUUGGUCUCGAGGUUCUUUUAUACCAUUGCCAUUCGCUUCCUCUACAGAAGAUUGAAGAUCCCGCAUAGAACUUCCGGAGAUAUUGCUACCCCAUUGCACGCUGUGCUCACCUCGCAGCAGCAGGAGCGACUAUUGCUGCUCUCUGCUAGGGAUAAGGAUGGGCGGGCGUGCAGGAGUGGGAAGGGGUCCGGGUUCGAUAGGGACCUAAGUGAUUGUGGGAAGUUUGUCCGGGAGUUUGAGAUUGCUCCUCUGGUGGAUAAUGUGGUGGGCGAUGCAGAGAUUGCAAGGGAGAUCGUUGAGAGUGCGAUAGAGAAUAUGUCUGACCUGGAAUCCUUCGCGUACUUCCCCUCGCUUCGCUACCCGUACCCUCCGCCUUAUGACCUCUUUGUUAAUAACCGACUGACUGUGGUUGUAUUGGAUUAGCUGGACCACCUCUAACCGCAAGGCGCUUCGUCGCUCUCAUCGGAUCUCUUCCAGCCUAGCCCGCAAGCCACGACUGCAUUCACUUUCGCUUUCCAAUAUCCUUGAGACUGAUGUUCCGCUGCUACACCUCCGCCCCCUCCACUCUGCGACCUUCAUUCUCGACUCAGGCUUCGCCUCACUAGCCCAUCGUCCAGUUGCAUCUACGGCAGAUUAUGACAUCAUCCGCAAGAUCCUCAAGACCUCCUCCGGAACACUGAAGUCGCUUACUCUGAUUACCAAACGGGGCGAUCAACCACAUUUUGAGGAUGAAAGCCUGAUUUUCGGCGGCUGUGAGGGUAGUCACGAGAGCGUUUUUAAAGAGUCCCCAGCAGGGGCGGAAGUCACGCGCUUGGAAAGACUUGAUUCCCUAACCUUGGCAGAGCGACCGUUCACGGCAAAACGUUUGAAGGUGUUCACUCAGGCAAUCAACUUCAACAACCUCCGACGCUUGGAAAUUAUCUCCUGUCCCGGUGCGGAACUCCUCCUGUCCGCGAUCACCCCUCCCGGGGGGCAUGGGCCGAGUGCGAGCGCGGAGCGGGCUUCUGAGGAAGCAGGUGGAGUGUUCCCAAACCUUCGGACAUUAGGAAUAAGAGCAACUCAAUCUGCCCUGGCGAGCUUCCUGCAAUGCUUCCGCGGCCUGCAAGAUCUCCGCUACGAACUGGGGUGUGACUCGGCGGACUGGGAGGCACCGGGCGGCAACCGUCGGCAAGUCUCCUCCAUCAAGAUUUCAAGGAACCUCCUCGAAACAAUUGCCACCCAUCACGGAACUACGCUCCAGAGAUUGGCUAUCCUAUCGCCCGAGCAGUGGAAGGUCAUUGAUGAGACCGGAAUGGAGAUCCUUACCGGGAAGUGUCGAGCGUUGGUGAAACUCUGCUGUUGCGUGGCGAGCUUUAGUUUUGUAUCAAUACUCCCUAUUUCCCACCCCUUCCCCCCGUGCUUUGGCACCCGGCUAACGAUAAACUAGAAUUUCUAUCAGCCAGCAGUAGCCCAUGCACAGAGUAGCCUAUCGACGCUCUACAUUCACGUGCGAGUGCUCUUCAGUGAAUCCGAAGCUCGUGAGUUCGCGCAGGUAGUUCUACAGCAGAUACCGAGAUUGAAGACGGUGGGGAUGCUAGCUGGAGGAUAUCGUGCUAGACCCUUUGUCUUUAGAGUUUGUCCAGGUGGAGCGUUGGAACGAAUUUUCGUCCGGGAUUUCUUGGAGAGGGAGCUGAGGGCUGGGGAGUUUGGGGAUUAGAGGGUGUUGAAGGGGUAUGGGAGAAAGGUGGCUAUUAUUAGGGCCAGAAUUGAUCUUUCGCCUUUGGCAUUUCUCAGUUACUUGAUAGGGGAAAAUUGGGGCAGAGUAGAUGGAAUGGAACAGUAGGCUGGAUCGGAGAUGAUUAAUUGAGCAGAUAUCCAUCUCUUGGUU